AUGUUGGAUCUCAUCUUCCUCCUGCUCCUCAGUCUCCACCCUCCAGGCUCUCUCUCUCUCUCUCUCUCUCAAACCAAAACCUCAGAUCCUCCCGAAAUCAAAUGUCCAGAUCACCUAUCGUCGGCAAAUGCUCGCAAUCGUCCAAGGGGACCAUUCCCUUCCCUUCCGUCCCGUCCUCCCUCCCUACCUAUCUGCGGACUUCUUCCCUUCUAUCCCCUUGCGAAUCGGCUCGAGUCGUCUCCUCCUCUUUUAGUCUUCCCCGUUCCUCCGAGCUCCAGUCAGUCAAGUCAACAGCCUCCUCCUCCUCCCCCUCUCCCUUCCCCCGAACCCGCACCUCCGGGCGUGCCCAUGUUCCCUCAGAAAGACCUACCGUCUCUCAGACCCUCCUCUGCCCGCCCGUCCCUCCGUUCGUCCGUCGUCUGUCUGUCUGUCUGUCAGCCGGUCUGUCCGUCCGUGUCUUCUACCCUCUACACUCUCUCUACACUCCGCCUCCCCGUUCCACUGUCAGCUGCCCUCAGCUCCCCCUUCAGCUCAGCUCAGCUCGGCUCAGAUGAUCUGAUCGAUCGGCCCAUCUCAUGAAGGCCGACCCAACCCUGGGCUCCCUCUUUCCCGCGUGCACGCGCACUAAUCAAACAUGGACCUGGCACGGGGCCUCCUCGCCAUGCUCCGGAUGUAUGUGUGCGACGACGACGACUGCCUCGAGAGACAAUCAAGGCCUUCCUUCGUCCUUCAUCAUCUUCUUCUUCUGCUGCUGCUCCUGCUCUCGAAUCGCCGCCCACUUUCUCGACUCCUGCGGCUCCUGUGUCUCUCGGUCGGACGGCUCAGCCGGCCAGCCAGCCUGGACCCCCGUUCCUCGCCGUCGCCCCUCUUCUCCUCUUGAAGAAACUCAGCUCGAGCGCAGCAGCUCGUCUCGUCUCGUCCCGCAGACGCAGCCGGUCCCCAGAUCGGCAGUACGAGAGAGACCC